AUGGCAUCGAGUAUACCUUAUGAUCCCGAGGAGUUUGAAAACAAUAACCCAUUUGCUGAACCAGAGCAAUAUACGCCUAGUGUCAAUGUAGGCACAAUGACGGAGGAGGUAGACGUGCCUCCAGAGGAAGAAUCGUCCAACACUUACUAUGGCCAGCAAGUCGAAGAAGAAGAACAAAGCCAAGAGCAAAAUUCCAAUGCAGCAGAUAAUGAAGAGAUGGGCACAGGACGCCUUGUUGAAGAGGAUCUCAAAAAACUCUUGCCUGAGCGUUUUACCAACAAGUACCUGAUGCGUAUCCACCUUCGGGAAAUCGAGGAGAACAAGCCGAACAACCCAAUUCUCAGAUUCGACGCUUCCGUGAGAGGUUUGCCCAAGUUUAGGGAAAAGAUUUAUAAAGAUAUCAGGCGUACUUAUAACGAGGUCCACAGGUUCAACGAGUAUUUGAUCCUUUCCAACCUCGAGGUGUUUGUUCCGGUGAUCCCCAGCCCAAUCACCUCCUAUCCUGCUGGCGGGGAGGAUGAAAGGAAACAGCAGCUUUACAACUGGCUGGAAUGGUUUAGCCGGAUCACGCGAAACCCAAUCCUUGUCAGAGACGAGGAGUUUGUUUACUUCAUUGAAAGCGAUUUCGGCUACUCUGUCAUCAACUCUAACCGCAAGCAACUGGUUGCCAGUGGCUUGAUGAGGAAGACAAUGAAGCAAUUGAACACACCGUACGAUCCCUACCAGGAGCUUGCGCUGUUUAGGCCAAUUAUUAAGUCUGCCUACUUGCUAUGUCAGCGAUUGAACAAAACGAUGGAUAAGAACCAAAAGUUAGAACGUCAGCUGCUGAGCAACAUCAGCGAAUUGGGAACGAAACUUAAAGGUCUAGCCCAGUUUGAAACAGUACAUCCUGGUAUGCGCAACUUGUGGGAGAAGCUCGCCAAGGUCACCCAGUUCCAGGCAGACUUGAUACUCUUUAAACUGAUUAGCGACAUGGGCUCCCUUGGUGAUGGUGCAAAAGCAUUAAGUGCUGAUUUCUUUGAAAUCAAAGAGGCACUCACUAACCGCUAUCUUAUCAUGAGAGAACUAAUACAGGCUGAGGCCCAGACAAAGUCCAAACAUGUUCAAGCGACAAAGAUCAAGAGCAGGGCGUCGCUAGAUCCCAUUAGAGCCGAGGAAGCUAUUCGUUCCCUCGAGUAUGCCCAAAAGGCAGAAGAGAGUCUUCACAUGCAAGUGAAGAGAAUCUCCGGGGAGAUGAUGUUCGAGAGAAAAGAGGUGAUAGAUUUCACCGAGAAGAAGAUGAAGACCCUUUUGAAGCAGUUCACUCUCAACCGAGUCGAGCAGCACCGCAAGCUCUUGAACCACUUUGAGAAGAUACGGCUCGAUGUGAGAAUCAUUGACGAGAACGGCGGCCUCUCGAGAUUGAAUCGUGAGCAUCUCAGUCAAAUGAAACACAACUUGGCACAAUCACAAGCUGCGAACGGAGACUUGUGGAGCUCUCGCAAGUUCCGCAGUCUUACUCAGCAGCAAGCGGAGAAGGAAGAGGUAUUAAAGAACAAGACAGACAUUGACACAGGGUCCAUUGAUGCCAAGAAAGCGGCUUCCAUGCUUGGAACCUCUACAUUUUAG